AUGGAUGGUGAUGAGGAACUCACUCCAAAACUUGUGGAGACUAAUUUCAGCGCUAAUCGAGUUAUGGCCAUCAAACAUAAUGAAAAAAAGGAGCAUUGUAGUGUCUUUAUGGAUGGGAUUCUUCAUAGAAUUCCCUUUGGAAGAAAGGUAAUGGAAGCCAUGAAGAAAAGUAAGUCUGGUCUGUGGGAUGUUUCUACCAUGGAAAAAUUUGACAGAGAAGGCAAGUUGAAUUCUUGUUGGAACAAGUUCAACAAACAUGUCCCGAGAAAUAUCCAAAGAUCUCAUUCUCUUAGUGACUCUGUAGCCAAGUAUUCUCAUUUGUUUGAAUCUUUAUCAAAAGAAGAAUUCAAAAACCUUCCUGAAGGAAUGAAAGUGAAAUCUUUAGAUAGAAGAAAAAUCAUUCCCGAAUUCAAUUGCUUCGAUUCUUUACUUCUUCAAAUCCACCCUAAGCUCAAAUCUAAAUUCAACUAUGUUAAAGAGAUACUGAGAUUGAAUAUUCAACAUGACGUUGAGGAUGUUGAGGAAGAGCUUGAAAGUUUAAUACAGGAUGAUUUUUUAGAUGAUUCUGGGCUUCAGCUUUUUUUAUUGCCUAGUUUCAAUCAUUUCCUUUCCUAG